CGCCGCUCCCGGCCCCUCCCGGCAGCCAGGCCGCGGCUCCCUCCCUCCCUCCGGGCCGCGCUCGCUCUGCUCCGCCCGGCAGCGGGGCCGGCCCGUGGCGAGGCGGCGCCGGGACUCUGCCCAGCCCGCAGCGGGAGCGGGGCUCGGCCGGGCCGGGCCCGCAGCGGGAGCAGCCCCGCCCGGGGGGGCCAUGGCCGAGCGGGCCGCUGCCCAGGCUCCACAAUGGGAUGUCACAGCCGAGCAGCCAGUGCCUUUAACCCCCCCGACUGCCCCUGAGCAUACUUCUGAGGCAGGAAUGCAGCUGCCGCUGGAACAGACUGCCAUGUGGCCAGAGGUGACUGUGGAGACGACCGUGGAGUCGCAUGCCACGCGACUGUUGACGCUAGAGGGAAGAAUGGGGAUGGCGGAGAACAAACUAGUUGGCUGCGAGAGGACAGUGGUGGAGUUUGGGAACCAGCUGGAGAGUAAGUGGGCCGUGCUGGGAACUCUGAUCCAGGAGUAUGGGCUGCUGCAGAGGAGGCUGGAGAACAUGGAGAACCUGCUGAAGAAAAAAGAUGUCUGGAUCCUAAAACUUCCCCCAGGCACCCAGGGAGAAGUCCCCAAGGUCCCUGUGAAGUUCGAUGAGGUCUCGGGCUGUUUCUCCGGGCAGGAGUGGGGGGUUUUAGAGCAACGGCGGGAGGAGCUUCACAAGAACACAAUGAGGAACAACUAUGAGACGUUGAUCUCGCUGGACAAUGCUGCUUCCAUGCCUGAUGCUCAGGCCCGGAUUGAACCCGGGGUAGAGCCUCGUGUCCAGGAACAGCAGGAAUGUCAAAAAAGAGAAACCCCGCCGGAUCCCAGCACAGGAUCUCCCAUUUCUACUCCCAGCGAUAGCUCAUGGAUUAAACAAGAGGAAACGCCAUGUGCUGAAAGUCAGGGGGGCUUGGUGGAGAGAGAAAUCCCUACAGAUCCCAUCAAGGCAGAUGAGUGGUGUCUUGAGGACAGUGCUGCCAUCCCGGAACUUCCCAGGGGGGCGCAAGGAAGCUCAGAGGAGGAUUUCCAGACACCUGCUGAGAGAUGGAGCCAUGGAAAUCAGUGCAGCUCACUGACACAGCAGGGAAACCCUGCAGGAAGCAGCCUGGGCCAGCCCACUCCGUGUGGAGGAGACUUCAGCGGCCUUGCACCAGCCACUGAUCAGGAGGAAAGUCACCCAGGAGAGGGACCGUAUAUAUGCAAUGAAUGUGGGGAAAGCUUUGUCUGUAAGCAGUUGUUCGCAGUGCACCAGGGAGUCCACGCACCAGGGGAAGUCUCCAUUUCUCCAGUAUGUGGAGAAGGCCUCACUCAGAAAUCCAAUCUCCUACAUCCCCAGAGAAGCCAGGUCCUGGCAGGUGCAAAGCCCUACAAAUGCUCUGAGGGCGAGAUAAACUUUAGCCUCAAAUCCAGCCUUCUCAAGCACCAGGUCAGUCACAUGGGGUACACCUGCGCUAAGUGCAGGAAGAGCUUCAGGCUGAAGAUAAGCCUCCUCGUCCACCAGCGACUCCACGCCGGGAAGGGUGAGGGCUCGCUGCUCUGUACAGACUGCGGGAAGAACUUCAGCCACCCCUCGCAGCUGGUCCGGCACCAGCGGAUCCACACUGGGGAGCGGCCCUACCAGUGCACCGACUGCGAGAAGAGCUUCACGGAGAAGUCCAAGCUGACCAACCACUACCGCACGCACACCGGCGAGCGGCCCUACGCCUGCGCCCAGUGCGGGAAGCGCUUCAUCCGCAAGCACCACCUGCUGAAACACCAGCGCGUGCACACGGGCGAGCGGCCCUACCAGUGCCCCGAGUGCGAGAAGAGCUUCACCCAGAAGUACUACCUCGUCGAUCACCGGCGGCUGCACACAGGCGAGCGCCCCUUCCAGUGCCCCACCUGCCAGAAGAGCUUCACCGAGAAGUCCAAGCUCACCAGCCACUUCCGCAUCCACACGGGAGAGCGGCCCUACCACUGCGGGGAGUGCGGGAAGCGCUUCACAGAGAAAUCCCAGCUCACCAACCACUUCCGCAUCCACACCGGGGAGCGGCCCUACGCCUGCGCCCAGUGCGACAAGUGCUUCAUCCGCAAGCACCACCUGCUGAAACACCAGCGCGUGCACACGGGCGAGAGACUCCAUCGCUGCCCCCAGUGCGAGAAGAGCUUCCGCUACAAACAGUCGCUGAACUGCCACCUGAAAAUCCACCUGGGGAACCACUGCCCCGUGGGCAGCGCCCUGGCCCCCGAGCAACAAACCCCGGCUAGACCUCGUUGUGCUCUUGAAUGGGACAUGGAGUCCCAGGACCUGUCACUUGAACAGCCUCUUGCUGUCCCCGAAACAACUUCUAUGGAAGAAACAGAUCUUCAGACAGCAGAGAUUUCCCUUACCGUCGUGGCUGAAAUCCAAGCUGUGGACAGGAAGGUUGAGGUUCAGGCAGCACAACUGAUGAAUCUGGAGGGAAGAAUGAGGAUGGCAGAAACGAAACUAGUCGGUUGUGAGAAGACAGCAGUGGAGUUCGGGAAUCAGCUGGAGAGUAAGUGGACUGCGCUGGGAACUCUGAUCCAGGAGUAUGGACAACUGCAGAGGAGGCUGGAGAACAUGGAGAACCUGCUGAAGAACAGGAACUUCUGGAUCCUGAGACUCCCCCCUGGUGCUAAUGGAGAAGUCCCCAAGGUCCCAGUGACUUUCAACAACAACUCGUUUAAUUUCUCUGAGCAGGAGUGGAAGAGCUUGGACGAAUGGCAGAAGGAGCUUUACAGGCACAUCAUGAAGGGCAACUACGAGGCUGUGAUCUCGCUGGAUGCUGCCAUUUCCAAACCCGACCUUUUGUCCCGGAUUGAACGAGGGGAGGAACCCAGUGUGGGAGAUCAGAGUGACUCUGAGGAAAGACAAAUCCCUGCAGAUCCCGGCCUGGGAUCUCCCGUUUCUGCUCCCAGUGAGAGCUUGUGGACUAAAUAUGAGGAGCCGCCUGUCACGAAUCAGGGAGUCUCUGAAGAGGGAGGGAUCCCUACGGACCUUGGCACAUAUGAGCAGCAGUGUGGUGAGGAAGGUCCUGCAAACCUAGAUCUUCCUAGCCUGUUACCAGGAGACUGGGAAGAGCUUUUCUGCAGUCCUGAGGAGGAAUUGACGAAGGAGAGCCAGUCCAGCUCAGCGAUGCUGCAGAGGAGCCCUCCUGGGACUGGGCUGAGGCGAUCUGCUCGCCGUGGAAGAGAUUUAAUGAAAAAUGUCUCUGAGGAAGCACAUGCAGCAGAGGGGCCGUACAUAUGCUGCGAGUGUGGGGAAAGCUUCCUAGACAAACAGCUUUUUGCCACACAUCAGAGAAUCCAUGCAUCAGGGGGAGCCUGCACUUCUCUGGAGCAUGGAGAAAACAUUAGACAGAAACCCAAAAUCACAACUCCUCCAAAAACCCAGGCACCCAUCCGUUCAAAACCCCCUAAGCGCCCUGAGCCAGAGAAAAGCUCCAGUCUCAAAUACGGCUUCGUAAAACACCAGGCAAACCACAUGGUGGAGAGGCCCUAUACGUGCACUCAGUGCAGGGAGAGCUUUAGUCUGGAGGUGAGUCUUAUCUUACACCAGAAGCUUCACACGGGGAAGGGCGAUGGGCCCCUGACGUGUACGUAUUGUGGCAAGGACUUCCGGGACCUCUCCAAAGCGAUCCGACAUCAGCGGAUCCACACGGGAGAGCGACCAUAUCAGUGCACGGAGUGUGGGAAAAGCUUCAUCCGCAGGGAUCAUCUCCUGAAGCACUGGCGGGUCCACACGGGGGAGACGCCGUACCAGUGCCCCGUCUGUGGGAAGAACUUCCGCUACAAGGAGUCGCUGAACUGCCACCAGAAAAUUCACACGCGGAACCCCCAGCCCCUGGAGGGCUCACAGCAGCUGGAGACAGGAACCCAGACCACCCUCCUCGGUGUGAAAAAAGAAAAUAAACAGGAGCUGACGGCGGUGAGCGGCCUUGCAGCGGGCCCGGGCCGCUGCAGGGACCCGCCCCGGCCCGAGCUCCAGGCGGCUGAACCGGGUGCGGCCCGAGCGCCGCGUUUCCGUGCGGACGGGACCGACCCGAGCCCGCAGAGCGUCCGACAAGGCCCCGGGGCUCCCGGCGCCGCGAUCCCCCCGCCGCCAGGGGCCGCUGCCGCCCCGCUCCCCGCCGGCCCCGCCCCGCCGCUCCCGGCCCCUCCCGGCAGCCAGGCCGCGGCUCCCUCCCUCCCUCCGGGCCGCGCUCGCUCUGCUCCGCCCGGCAGCGGGGCCGGCCCGUGGCGAGGCGGCGCCGGGACUCUGCCCAGCCCGCAGCGGGAGCGGGGCUCGGGCUCGGAUCCGGAUCCAGCCGCCCGGCUCGUUCCCUGCGGAGCAGCCUCGCCCGGUGCCCCCAGCCCGGCCAGCGGGAGCUCCCGGGGCCGCCCCCGGGCCGCGGUGAGGGGCGCGCCCGGGCUGGGACAAAGGGCCAUGGCCGAGCGGGCCGCUGCCCAGGCUCCUGAAUGGGACGUGGAGUCCCAGCACUCACCUCUUUCGCAGCCCCACGCUGUCCCCAGACGGACCUCUGUGAGGGAAGCCCCGCUGCAAACUGCGGAGAUCUCCCUGACUCUAGUGGCUGCAAUUCAAGCCGUGGAGAGAAAAGUGGACGCUCACGCCGUCCGGUUGCUGAACCUGGAAGGGCGAACAGGGACGGCUGAGAAGAAAUUGAUAGGUUGUGAGAAGACCGUGGUGGAGUUUGGGAACCAGCUGGAGAGUAAGUGGGCCGUGCUGGGAACUCUGAUCCAGGAGUAUGGGCUGCUGCAGAGGAGGCUGGAGAACAUGGAGAACCUGCUGAAGAACAGGAACUUCUGGAUCCUGAGACUCCCCCCUGGCACUAAGGGGGAGGUGCCCAAGGUCCCAGUGACAUUUGAUGACGUCUCCGUCUAUUUCUCCGAGCAGGAGUGGGAGAACUUAGACGAAUGGCAGAAGGAGCUUUACAAGAACGUGAUGAAGGGGAAUUACGAGACCCUGAUCUCGCUGGACUAUGCCAUCUCCAAACCCGACAUCCUGUCCCAGAUAGACCGGGGGGAGGAGCCGUGUGUCAGGGAUCGGGAGGACUCCGAGAGGAGAGAGAUCCCUCUGGAGCCCUGCUCGGCAGAUGGUGGGGUGGUGGUCAAAGUGGAGGAGGAGAACCCUGAGGAGGAGCUGGAGAACUUGGAGCUACAAAGGACUUCGCCGGAAACGGAGGUUUUCCAGUGUCUGGAGCAGGGAACACCCCCUGAGGAGAGUCUGUGCAGCCCCGAGAGGGAGCCAGCGGGCCUGCCCGGAAACGGCCUGGAGGAGCCGUCUCUGUGCGGGACAGACUCCCAGGAGCUCGAGCCCUUGCUUGUUCACCUGCGGAGCCCCGCAGCAGCGAGGCUGUUCGUAUGCGCCGAGUGCGGGAAGAGCUUCCGCAGCCGGCAGCAUCUCACCCUGCAUCAGAGGGACCACACAGGAGCGGGGGCCUGCCUGCCGCAGCCUGGGGAGAGCUUCACCCUGAAACAUGGCCCCAGACCCCUCCCCGGGGCCCAGGCGGGAGGCAAACCCUACAAGUGCUCCGAGUGCGAGCGCAGCUUCUGCCACAAGUCCAGCCUGCGGAAGCACCACCUGGCGCACAGCGGGGAGCGGCCCUACACCUGCGCCGAGUGCCGGAAGAGCUUCAAGCAGAGGGUGAGCCUGGUGCUGCACCAGCGGAUCCACUCGGGGAAGAGCGAAGGCUCCUUCAUCUGCACACAGUGCGGUAGGUACUUCAGCCACCACUCCAACCUGACGCGGCACCUGCGCAUCCACACGGGGGAGCGGCCCUACAAAUGCACCGAGUGCGAGAAAAGCUUCACGCGCAACCAGUACCUGGUAGAGCACCAGCGCAUGCACGCAGGCGAGCGCCCCUAUCACUGCCCUGAGUGCGGCAAGAGCUUCCGCUACAAGCGAUCGCUCUAUUACCACCAGAACAUCCACACCGGGAAGGGCUUCCCCCUGCAGGGCGUGCUGGACCCCGGGCCGGGCCACGUGGGGUAG